UGAGACUUUACCGGCAUUAAUGCAGCUAUUUAUUCAUAUUGUACACACACUAUUCAGAAUCCAUUGGUGAUCUUAUAUUUAUAUUAAUAUAUAAAUUAAUUUCCCAAAAUGACGGCGCUGUCUUUGCUUUUCCUGAGCAUUUCGGUGGCUUUAGUAGCUGCAGAACCGACUGUUUAUUUUCGAGAGCAGUUUGAAGAUGGAGAUGCCUGGAAAAGCAGAUGGGUGGAAUCCACACACAAAUCUGACUACGGCAAGUUCGUGCUGUCGGCUGGCAAAUUUUAUGGUGAUGCAGAGAAAGACAAGGGUCUUCAGACCAGCCAGGAUGCCCAUUUCUAUGCAUUGUCAUCCCAGUUUGAGGACUUCAGUAACAAGGACCAGCCACUAGUCUUGCAGUUCACAGUAAAACAUGAGCAGAACUUAGACUGUGGAGGAGGCUACAUUAAGCUUUUCCCAGCAGAACUCAAACAAGAAGAAAUGCAUGGAGAUUCAACAUACAAUAUCAUGUUUGGUCCUGAUAUUUGUGGUCCUGGAACCAAGAAAGUUCACGUCAUCUUUAAUUAUAAGGGCAAGAAUCAUUUGAUCAACAAAGAUAUCAGGUGCAAGGAUGAUGAGUACACCCAUCUGUACACGCUGAUUGUUAAUCCAGACAACACCUAUGAGGUAAAGAUUGACAAUAAGAAAGUGGAGUCUGGAUUUCUGGAGAAAGAUUGGGACUUCCUGCCUUCAAAAAAGAUCAAGGAUCCCAAUGCUAAGAAGCCUGAGGACUGGGAUGAGAAAGAGAAAAUUGAUGAUCCUGAUGAUAAAAAACCUGAGGACUGGGAGAAACCUGAGAACAUCCCUGAUCCAGAUGCUAAGAAGCCUGAUGACUGGGAUGAGGAGAUGGAUGGAGAAUGGGAACCUCCCAUGGUUACCAACCCUGAAUACAAGGGUGAGUGGAAGCCAAAACAGAUAGACAAUCCUGCUUACAAGGGUAAAUGGGUGCAUCCGGAAAUUGAUAACCCUGAAUACACACCCGAUUCUGAGAUCUACAAAUAUAUCAGCAAUAGUGUGAUUGGACUGGACCUGUGGCAGGUGAAAUCUGGCACCAUUUUUGAUAACUUUCUCAUAACCAAUGACCCAAAACUGGCUGAAGACAUUGGCAAUGAGACUUGGGGUGCAACAAAGGAUGCUGAAAAAAAGAUGAAGGAUCAUCAGGAGGAGGUAGAAAGAAACAAACAAGAGGAGGAGGACAAGAAACGAAAAGAGGAAGCAAAGGAUGAAGAAGAAGAAGAAGAAAAAGAUGAGGAGGAUGAGGAGGAGGAAGAAGAGGAGGAGGAGGGAGAAGAAGAAGAUGAAGAAGAAACAGACUCUAAUCUUAAGGAUGAGUUGUAGUUUUAGAAUGGAAACCUUGCCUUGCCUCCUGCUCUCUGUGUGGGGGAAAAUAGCAGAAAAUUGGAGUAUGUCGGACAUUCUCUUAGAUCAUGUUUAAUUCUGCUAUUGAAAACAUAUUUAUUACUCUACCAUUGUUCAUUAUUCAUCACACUUCAUAAGCAUAUUCCAAGCAUGAACCAAUAUCAGGCCAGUCAUGUUUAGAGGAACUGAUUUAAGAGGAAGUGUUCCACUUCGAGAUUGUGGAUUGACGAACCGAAUUGGUUUGGGGGCAUUAUGCAACAUUAUCACGGAAGUUCUAUCUUAUUCAACUGUUGCACACAAUGCCUUUUUAUACUGGUGUUACCAUUUUUCAGCCCAACGUAGGUUUCAUAUAAAUAUUUUAAAGCCAGAUUACACCAGAUUGCUGUCCAUCCUCAGAUAAUUGUGCAAUGAACUUGAACCAUGUAGGUCUUGUGUUUUUGUGUCCUUCAGAACGUUAAUUUUUUCCUUAGGGUUUGUGUACUGUUGUACAAUAAACUGUAUUCAAAUCCUGCAAGGUUAAUGUAAGAAGUGUAAGAAAGCUGUGAUUUAAAAUGGUUUAAAGUUUAACAUAUUUGACCUGUAAAUCCAUCAGUAAAUUAACCUUUACCCAGAGUCAUGUUUUGUAUUUUGUGUGUGUUAAGUAAAUGUUCAUUGCAUAAUUGUAGAGAACUACAAUAUGUAUGUUGGUCUAUCGAAUAACAAUAAUUACUGCUCACCUCAUCCUGUGUCACAAGUUGUGGCUAUUUUGUAAAUUGUUGAUGUUUUUUUUCUUUAAACAUGCCUACAAUCUGCCAAUCAAGUUUCAGUAUGAUAAUGAAAUUGCUUCCUCUGUGCACUCUCUACUAUGCUGUCUGAAAUAAAUAGGCCACCAGUGUUA